AUGUCUUCCUCCACAGCAGCGCCCUCUGCGCCCGAGCAGCCGCAGCAGCAGCAGCAGCAGCAGCAACCGUCUGGCUCGGCACAGAACGAUGCCCCUGCCGCAGACACCCCUCUCGGCCCCGACGGUCAACCACUGACAAAAAGCGCCAUGAAGAAACUCGCCAAGCUCAAAGAAAAGGAGGCAAAGCAGGCUGCCAAGGAUGCGCUCAAGAGCGACCGUCCCGCUCCCAACCCCGCUGGCUCAGGUGCCGCCAAGAAGGAAAAGCCCAAGAAGGAGGUCAAGGAGGAGCCUGAGUGGGUCAACAAUACCACCCCAGGCGAGAAGAAGGAUCUCUCCGCUCCCAUGGAGAACGGCUACAACCCGCUCCACGUCGAACAGAGCUGGUACCAGUGGUGGGAGAAGAGCAACCACUUCAAGCCCGCAGAGCCCACCCAAGACGACCCGUACGACCCCGAGAAGACCUUCAUCAUCCCUGCCCCACCUCCCAACGUCACCGGCUCGCUUCACAUCGGUCACGCCCUCACCAUCGCGAUCCAGGAUACCUUGGUCCGAUGGCACCGCAUGAACGGCUACCGCACCCUCUUCAACCCUGGCUAUGACCAUGCCGGUAUCGCCACACAGAGCGUCGUCGAGAAGCGCCUUGCAAAAACCGAGGGCAAGACGCGCUACGACUAUGGCCGUGAAAAGUUCCUCGAAAAGGUCUUCGAGUGGAAGGACGACUACCAGUCGCGCAUCGCCAACCAGUUACGCCGUCUCGGUGCUUCCUACGAUUUCUCCAGAGAGGCCUUCACCAUGGACCCCGUCCGAUCCAAGGCCGUCACCGAAGCCUUCUGCAAACUGCACGAGGACGGCAUCAUCUACCGUGCCAACCGUCUCGUCAACUGGUGUUGCAAGCUCCACACCACUCUCUCCAACCUCGAGGUCGACCAGAAACAGCUCAACGGCCGCACCCUCAUGAACGUCCCCGGCUACCCCGCCAACGAGCGCAUCGAGUUUGGUGUCAUUGUCAGCUUCUCGUACCAGAUCGAGGGCAGCGACGAGAAGAUCAUCGUCGCCACCACGCGUCCUGAGACCAUGCUCGGUGAUACCGCCGUUGCUGUGCACCCCGAUGACACUCGCUACAAGCACCUCCACGGCAAGAACGUCGUCCACCCCUUCGUUCCCGGCCGCAAGAUCCCCAUCGUCGCUGACUCGAUCAUCGUCGACAUGGAAUUCGGAACCGGUGCCGUCAAGAUCACGCCUGCGCACGACCCCAACGAUUACGAGGUCGGCAAGCGCCACGACCUCGAGUUCAUCAACAUCCUCAACGAUGAUGGCACGCUCAACGACAACUGUGGCGAGUUUGCUGGCAUGAAGCGUUUCUCAGCCCGACGUGCCGUCAUUGACAAGCUCAAGGAGAUCGGCAGCUACGUCGAGACCAAGGACAAUCCCAUGACCGUCCCCAUCUGCUCGAAAUCGGGCGAUGUCAUUGAGCCCAUCAUGAAGCCCCAGUGGUGGGUCAACUGCAAACCUCUCGCUGCCAAGGUCAUCGAGCGCGUCCGCGCUGGCGAGAUGACAAUCGUACCCAACGUUUCCGAGAAGGAGUUCUUCCGAUGGAUGGAGAACAUCCAGGACUGGUGCAUCUCGCGUCAGCUCUGGUGGGGUCACCGAUGUCCUGUCUACUUUGUCAACAUUGAGGGCGAGUCGCAGGACCGCAACGAAGAGAAGUUCUGGGUCACCGGCAGGACGCUCGAGGAGGCCAAGGAGCGUGCGACCAAGCUCGCUGGCGGCAAGAGCUACACCCUUGAGCAGGACGAGGACGUGCUCGACACCUGGUUCAGUUCCGGCCUCUGGCCCUUUUCCAUCAUGGGCUGGCCGGAGAAGACGGACGACAUCAAGCACUUCUACCCGUCGUCGCUGCUCGAGACUGGGUGGGACAUCCUCUUCUUCUGGGUCGCCAGGAUGUGCAUGCUCGGAGUCUACUUCACGGGAACCCUGCCCUUCAAGGAAGUCUUCUGCCACGCCAUGGUGCGUGAUGCGCACGGACGCAAGAUGUCCAAGUCGCUCGGCAACGUCAUUGACCCGCUCGAUGUGAUCGAGGGUAUCAGCCUCGACGACCUGCACAGCAAGCUCAAGGAGGGCAACCUCGACGAAAAGGAGAUCGCCAAAGCCGCCCAGGGCCAGAAGAAGGACUUCCCCAAGGGCAUCCCGCAAUGCGGAACCGACGCGCUGCGCUUUGCUCUGUGUGCCUACACCAGUGCCGGUCGAGACAUUAACCUCGACAUUCUGCGUGUUGAGGGCUACCGCAAGUUCUGCAACAAGCUCUGGAAUGCUACCAAGUUUGCGCUGCUCAAGCUGGAGCCGGUCGCGUCGUUCCAGCCUGCCUCGACGGACGAACCAUCUGGCCACGAGGCGCUCGUCGAAAAGUGGAUCCUGCACAAGCUCAACGCCGCCGCAAAAGCGAUGAACGAGCACCUCAAGGAGCGCAACUUUAUGGCGGCCACGUCGGUCGUGUACAACUUCUGGCUGUACGAGCUGUGCGAUGUGUACAUUGAGGCGAUCAAGCCGAUUACGGAUCCUGCGGCGGCGGAUGGCAAGGCGCGCGCGAGUGCGCAGCAGACGCUGUACACGUGUUUGGAUGCCGGCCUGAAGCUGUUGCAUCCGUUCAUGCCGUUUGUGACAGAGGAGCUGUGGCAGCGAUUGCCGCGCCGAGCGGGAGAGAAGGCGGAGAGCAUUGCGCUGGCGCGCUACCCUGUGUACAUGGAGAGCAGGGAGGAUGCGCAGGCGGAGGCGGCAUUCGAGGAGGUGUUUGCAGCCGUGCGCGCGAUCAGGGGCAUGUGCACCGACUACAACCUGUUGAAGGACGUGCAGGUGUUCUUGGAGACGUCGGAUGCUGGCUUCCAGCAGGUGCUCAACGAAUCGUCCGCUGUGGUCGCCACGCUCGUCAAGGGCUGUGCGUCCGUGCAGGUGGUCUCGUCCGCGUCCGAUGUGCCCAAGGGAUGCGCGGUCUCGAGCAUCUCUUCGCGCCUCAACGCGCACCUCCUGAUCCGUGGCCUGGUCAACCUCGACCAGGAACUCGCCAAGAUCGACAAGAAGCUCCAGCUCAACGCUGUCGGCAUCGAAAAGGUUUCGGCCGCCAUGAACAAGCCCCAGGAGUGGGCCCGCAUGCCGCAGGAGGUCAAGGACGCUACCGCGGAGAAGCUGAAGAAUUUGGAGGCGGAGAAGCAGGCCAUGUUGGCGGCUAAGGCCCAGUUUGAGUCGAUUCGCGAUGACUAG